GUGACAGGACCAGCUGCAGAGUGAAACCCAGUAGGGCAGGCACUCGGUUGGGGGACCCAGACUUCAUUCCCCGAGCAGCGCUCUGUUACAGCGCGACUGUAACAGCACUCUCUCACACCGAGAGCAGAACACCAGAGAAACCGCUGCCAAAACAGCCUGACAGCAACGCCCGGAUAACAACCCAACAUUGGCAUUGCCAUGCCGACCACCAGGCCUCGAUCCCGAUCCCCAGAGAGCAAUAGGCAGCCAUUACCAUCAGCGAAAUCACUCGGUGCUCUGAGUGCCGGCCAUUGACCAACAGCUGCCAACUUAUUUCAGUAGACGCUCUCUCACCUUUGGACAAGCCAUGGGCGGGCGUCAUUCCCGCAGUUUCUCCAAAGAGGAGCUGAGCGAGGUGAGCACAAGCCACGGCCGGAGGAGCGCGAGCGUGAGGGACGACCACAACGGGAGCAACGGCGGAGGACUGUCCUCGGCCGCCGAGAGGUUCCGCAAGCAGACCACGGUGCGCUUCGGCUACUGCACCCUGAGCCUGGCCAUGCGGGGGCUGGACGACCCCCCCAUGGAGCUCUGGGAGCUGCGGGAGCUGGAGAAGCUCAACCUGUCCAUCAACUGCCUGCGGAGCCUGCCCCCCGCGCUGGGCGGCAUGGACAACCUGGUGGUGCUCAACCUGUGGGGCAACAACCUGGCCAGCCUGCCACCCGAGAUCGGCCAGCUGAAGAAGCUGCGGGUGCUCUUCGCCUACCGCAACUGCCUGAGCGAGGUGCCGGAGGAGCUGGGCUCCUGCAGCAGCCUGGAGGUGCUCAGCCUGGCCGACAACCGGAUCACGGCGCUGCCGGAGAGCUUGGCCUCCAUGCGCAACCUGACCAAGCUGAACCUGAGCAACAACCGCAUGGCCCACAUCCCCACCUGCGUCUACAGCAUGAAGGGCCUGGUCUUCCUCCACCUGGCCUGCAACCGGCUUGAGGUCAUCGCCGACCAGAUCCAGGACCUGGUCAACCUGAAGAUCCUCAUCGUGGAGGGGAACAGCCUCCACUCGCUGCCAAAGACCCUGUGCUUCCUGGAGUCCUUGGAGCUCCUCAACGUGGACUUCAACGACCUGCAGAGCGUGCCCGGGGAGAUGUACCUGAUGAGCGGGCUGAGGAAGCUGGCCUGCCACCCACUUGAUAAGGGUCUGCACAUCAUCCACAACCCCCUGGUCAAGCCCAUUAAGGAAGUGCUGCAAGGAGGCCUCAGUGCCUUGUAUAACUACCUCAAACCCUCUUGAUGGGACCCAGGCAGCCAUGGGAACAUGUGUGUGUGGGCGGGAGUGUGUGGUGCUUGUGUGUGUGUGUGUGUGUGUUGUGGUAGUGUCAGUGAGUUUAUCAGUGUGUGUGUGUAUGUGUGUGUGUGUGUGUGUGUGUGUUGUGGUAGUGUUGGUGACUUUAUCAGUGUGUGUGUUGUGGUAGUGUUGGUGACUUUAUCAGUGUGUGUGUGUGUGUGUGUGUGUGUGUGUGUGUGUGUGUGUGUGUGUGUGUGUGUGUGUGCGUGUGUGUGUGUGUUGUGCCAGUGUGGGUGACUUUAUCAGUGUGUGUGUGUGUGUGUGUGUGUGUGUUUGUGUGCGUGUGUGUGUGUGUGUGUGGUGUGCCAGUGUGGGUGACUUUAUCAGUGUGUGUUGGUGUGUGUGCUAGUGUGUGUAAGUUGAUCACUCUGUGUGCGUGUUUGUGGGUGUUUGUGUAUGCGUGGUGUAAUUAUGAUCAUGGUCUUCCCUUACUGACUCAGAGCAGGUGGUACACAUGCUGUGCAGUGCUCUGAUGCCAUGGGGGCCCAUCUGACGGGAUAAACCUUGGAGACACUGCGGCCCAGAUAAACGUUACUGCACACUCACACCGUGCCAGAAGAGGUUUUAUGGGGACGCCUGAUCUCACACCUCCUCGGUUUUGGAGUAAGACGAGGGAGAUGAUGUUCUCUGGCUUUGUGCCUGAGGAAUAUGAAAUCAACCGUCGGUCAUAUUGGUUUACCAAACUAUAAAUUCCUUCUGGGUAAAGUGGUUAAAGCCACCACCAAGGACACUGGGGGGAACUUUUAAUUUCCCAGGUAAAGGAUUUAGACAUGGAUACCUUGCUGGAUGAACAUUAUUGUUGACGCCCACCAUGGAAGACCGAGAUGCACCACUGGGGUUCAGUUACACUCUCCAGCUGAUCCCCUCCUUGUCGCAGAAGGGGAUCAAAAAGAACAACUGUGCCAAGUCUGUGGAAUGAACAGAGGUUGUGUGUGUGUGUGUGUGUGUGUGUGUGUGUGUGUGUGUGUGUGUGUGUGUGUGUGUGUGUGUGUGUGUGUGUGUGUGUGUGUGUGUGUGUGUGUGUGUGUGUGUGCGUGUGUCUGUUUGUGUGUUGGUGUGGGGGGUGGGAUUAUGACCAGCGACAAAGCAAGACCAUAUAGUCUGUGAUUGAAUGUUACACUCCACCAGAUUGCCGCAAUACCGGAAGAUUCUCAGAUGCCUUCGCCAUGGGACCCACACAAUGCAAUGUCUGAGAAAAAUAAAAUUCAAUUACUUUAAGCUCUCAACAUCAAAUUGUUAAGGUAUGAAUGUCUCUAUUAAAUGUGUUGGAUUACAUUUUAUACCUCCCCAUGGUGGAAUUGUAUAGUUGCAAUAAUGUUUUUCUGGAAAGACCACAGCAAACCACCUUGGCGCAAUAAAAAUGAAUCGAAUUAAAGAACUGUUUAAAUGGAUAUCACUUUAUUUGAGAAUGAACAAUUACAGAAAAAUUUAACAUUACAGACAUUGAGUUGGACAAAUAGCCCACUACUGUAUAUUUGAACUUUAACAUCUUAGAUGAUACACAACUUCGUGAUAGCACUUCUAAGCUUUUCAAUAUAUGUUUCCUCUGUAUUGAUACUUUUAGAAAAAAUACACCUGCCAGAUUUUUUAUGUAAAAAUAUUAAGACUCAAUAAAAAGAAAUACAA